AUGCACAUUGAAAGCGGGAACUGCCCCGUGGCCAACAAAGACGGUCAGCGCCGCGACGAGGUGAAGGCCAAGGCUCCUGUUGAGCCAAGUAUCCUGGACAUGGGUCGCUACACCUCCUCUUCUGAGUCUGACGCUCCUCAUUCUGCUGUCUCCAGUGAGGACAAUGAGCAGGAAGGUGGAGUCAGACUCGACCAAACAUCAGCCCAAGCCCGGCUCGCAACCAAGCCGUCUCUUGACUUUGAGCCUGGCGGCGUGUCUCUUCCCCAGCCUAUUCCUGUGUACGCCCCGGACUCAGCUCACGAUGAACGUACUCCACCCUUUGACCCCACUGAGCAAGGCAACACACUCGAGUGGAUGGCUCAGCUUGAUGAAAUGACCCCAACCCUCAACUCUGAAGCCACUAUGCCAGCUCACCAGCAGAUUCCCGUUUACACAGCGGAAUCUUUCGCCGAUGGACUUAAUCGCCGUGCGAGAGCCACUGAUCGAAGCGUUCCAUUACCGCUGUCGAUGCUUUACGAGCAUCUCUACAUCAGCCCUAUGACUGCUAGCACCGUCUCUGGCCACCAGCCAAUUCGUCUUUGCCCCGCAUAUGAUUUCCACGGUGGAAUUUCCCCUCCUGCUGAUCCCAAUGAGCGGCCCGGCUUGGUGAUGUUGUCCGAAACAGUCCGGCGAGCCGACGUCACAGCCUCUCGCGCCGGCGAUACUGACCCAAACAACCCAUUUGCUUCGGACUUCAAUUAUGAGGGGGCAGGACUUUCCAAGCAUGACUUGAGUGUCCCAGGCCCAAGCAUCAGUUCUCCUCACAAUCUUCGGAAUGUUGACCCUCAGGAAUUCUGGAAUCUAGAGAAGGGGCGUUUUGUCUGCAACUGUGGUGUUUCCUUCCUGACAGCCCGUGAGUUCAGCACUCACAUCAUUCUUGAUGAUGGUGGUACCAUCAAAGACUGUCCCCGCUGCUUCAAACGCUUCGAGAAGCUAGCCGCCCUCGUCGCCCACGUCGAAGAACCUCAGUCCAAGUGCGCCAUCUUCGCAGAUGAUCACAUUGACGAUGAGAUCAACGAGAUUCCUCGUGGCUUUGCUACAUUCAGGAGCCACCACGAUGAGCUCGACAUGGAUGAGAGCCUUAUCGACAUGGGUACUACCAGCGAGGUUCAGAAGAUCACUACUGCUACUCAUGCCGGCGAGGACAAGAAUCUGACCGAGGAGCUGCGACGCUUGAAGUUUGAGGAGAAGUAG